GUAACUUUUUAACAAAAAGUGAUAUGCAAGUUUCAUUUUUGAGAUUCUUCAAUUUUUAUUCCAAUGGCUGUCUGUAAAGCCUGUGCGAAUCUGGAAUUGUAAUGUGUGUCAUACUCAAUACUUCCAGUGUAAUUAUAAAUGUUACUUGUAAACUCAGAGCAAUCAGAGAAGCCAAUAGUAUGAGCUCCACUUCUUAAGACAUGGGCGUGGUUGGUUUCGGAAGAUUACCUUCAACAUACUCGGCGUUCGAGAUCUUCCCAUCUUUGCGACCCAGCAAAACGUUGUAGUACGGACCGCCCACCAUCGUCACAAGAUCACGGGUGGGUGGCGACAGCGAGGAUGUCGGAGCAGGAGACGGUGUGGGGACAUGCAAGUUCAAAGGCGGUUUUGGCUCGCACAAUGACAUCAAAGGCUUUGUCGGGGAGGGAGAGGUUGAUGUCAGCGUCAGGUUCAGCUUUGUUGAAGGGGGUGGAGGAAAUGAGAACCGAACCGUCGCAGCCGUUGAGGAUGCAGUCGUGGAAGAAGACCACGGCGGCGGUGGUGGGGCUGGUGAUUUGCUUGUUGGUGAUGGUGUCUUGCAUGAAUUGGUCGAAUCUUGGACAUGACUUCUUGUAGUAGUUGUAGUUGAGUCUUGAAUCUGAAACAAUGGCAAGGAAUGUAAGGAUUAUGAGGAUGUGGAGAAAUGAGGGUGGAGCCGUGGCCAUUUUGGGUGGUGGAGCUGACGAUUGAGAAAGAAUGGAGGAGUAGUGUCAGUGAAGCGAGUGGUGCGGGGUAUUUUGAAGAGUCAAAAAGGCUAGGAUUGGGAGGUAAUUUGUGGAGUGAAGAAGCCUAUUAUUGAACUGGUCUUGCGUUGGAUGAUUGUGUAAUACUGAAAGACAGACACAGAGAGAGAGAGCGUCUGCUCCACCAGCCACGGGAUGAGUGUUGCCAGGAUAAGGCCCGAUUUCAAAUUAGAGUUUCAGUUUUAUUCAAAACAAGCAUCCAUUAACCGAGUUCAAGCCAGCCAACACUGCUCGGAUCGCACUACACCCUUAGUUUAAACAUUCAGGUUUGUCUCCAACAAGGCAUGUUAAUGCAAAUCUGACAUAGGUUAUCUUCUGAUUUGUCUUUUAUCCCUGCAAAAUAAACAAAUCUUAAUUCUUCUCCGCAUGUAUGUAACCUCAUGCAUUUCAUUGAACUUGUAAAAGCUUAGGGGGGCUUAGAUUUAGAAAGGAUGCAUCCUAAUUCACAGAGCUUUCGAUUUCUU